GAUACAUUUUCACUGUAUUUUUUUAUGCAAAAUUAAUCUCUUUUUUUUUUUAUUUUAUACACAUAUAAUAAUAGACGUAUGCCAAUUCAUGUCAUUCCGGGUGAAAUAUCGACUUUUACAGUUGCCAUUGCUAUCAUCAGUGGAUUUAUUCUGUUCUUUGGUUACAUUUCCAUGUUUCUGAAAGAAAGAUUAUUUCUCUCCGAAGCAUUGGUUGCAGUGAUUGUCGGAAUUAUAGCAGGUCCCUUGGUUACAAAUGGAUUCAACCCUUAUAGCUGGGACCAUCACGACGAAAUCACCAAACAACUCACUCGAUGUAUUAUAGCUAUUCAGGUUAUGGCUGUCGGAAUUGACCUACCAAAACAUUACUUAAAGAAGGAGUGGAAAACCAUGCUAAUGCUAUUAAUGCCUGUCAUGAUCUUUAUGUGGUUAAUAAGUGGCUUAUUUAUUUGGGGUUUGGUCCCUCCCAUCAAUUAUCUGGAAGCACUUGUCAUAUCUGCUUGCAUUUGUCCCACAGAUCCUAUUUUAGCCAAUUCUGUCGUAAAAGGCCGCUUUGCAGAAAAACACGUUCCGGCUCAUAUUCGUAAUGCAUUAUCUGCAGAAAGUGGUGCCAAUGAUGGUAUGGGGUUCCCAUUUCUAUUUUUGGCUAUUUUCUUGAUUGCGGAGGACGACAUUGGAACUGCUAUUGGAAAAUGGAUCUAUAUUACCUGUUUAUUUCAAAUUGUCCUGUCUUGUAUCAUUGGUGUGGUUGUGGGUUAUGUGGCCAGAAAGGUCUUACAAUGGUCAGAAAGACACCACCUUAUUGAUAAGCCAUCGUUUCUCGCAUUUGCAAUUGCACUGGCACUUUUUUUAAUGAGUAUGACUGGAUUUUCGGGAAGCGAUGAUUUAUUAGCCUGCUUUGUUGCAGGGAAUGCUUUUUCUUGGGACGAUUGGUUUCGUCAUGAAACCGAAGAAGCUCAUUUUCAAGAAGUCAUUGAUAUGAUGCUCAAUCUAGCAAUCUUCGUCUAUAUCGGGGCUAUCAUCCCUUGGUCCGAUUUUACAAAUGCAGAAUUGGGUUUAACACCUUGGCGUUUGGUCGCUAUUGCUAUUCUCGUAUUAUUUUUUCGGCGUCUGCCCAUUGUUGUCUUAUUAAAACCCGUUAUGCCAGCCAUGAAGACCUACCGUGAAGCUAUCUUUAGUGGCUGGUUUGGCCCCAUGGGCGUGGGCGCUGUCUUCUUAUCAAUCAUUGCUAAAGAAGAACUGGAAACAGCCUAUGAAGGUAAAGAAUCACCAGUAUCCAUACGUGUCAUCAGUCCCGUUGUCUUGUUUAUUGUAUUUUGCUCAGUCAUUGUGCACGGUACCACCAUUCCCUUGUUUAAAUUGGGUAAACGUAUUCGAACAAGAACAUUAUCAAUUACAAGUAUCAGUAGUAACCAAGUGCUAAGGUUACCUAAACUACAAUUCGGGCAGCAGUUACAUAAACAUCAUGAGCACAAGGAAGAAGGCGGUGGUGGCGGCGGAGGUGGUGGGAUGACAGAAUUGGAGCGAAAUACUUUGUUUAAUACAUUGCAACAUGAUCAUAUCAAGGAACAUGGAUUUGCAGUAGACAUGUCUAAUAAACACAGCGAUAGUGAUUCUGAGCUGGCUGAAGAGGAUUUCUUACCGGAUGAUGCUUCAGUCACAAGCCAGCCUAAACUGGCUCCAGUCCAGUGUGACAAAGACGAGGAUUUUCGAAGAGUGAGCGCUGUAUCACUGGAUACACAACAAGCAAUUCGGUUCCUGGAACCGGUCAAGCCACGUGUAGUAAGCGAAAAGAACGAGAGUGGGUUAAAGAGUUGGUUGACGCGACCCAAAGAAGAAGAAGAAGAGGAACAUGCACAUGGCAUCAAGAGUCUAUUUAAACGUAAAAAGGAUCAUAAAGGACAUGCGAUUGAGGAAGAAGAAGUGGAAUCAUCGCUCGAGAAUGUGUUUAAUGACGACACCACACACUCCCGCAUUCAAGUGUGGGAUGAGGAAAACCAUGUGGUAGUAGAAGAUAUUCAAGGACAGACAAAGCCAGUGGUAAUUGACAAGUCGAAUUAUCUAAACUGGAAAAAGAAAACCAAGGAAAAGAUAAAAGAGGUUGAACACAAGAUUAAUACGGGCGAAACUUGAUAAAUGUAAAAUAAUAAACUAUCUUUUGUGUACAAAAAA